AUCUAGAUCUAGACGACGUAUAUGAUCAGAGAGAGACGAUAUAUACAAAAUUCUAGGUUAAGCUGUUGAUUAAUCUAUGGCUGUUGAUAAAAAACUAUUAAAAUUAAAAAUGUGGUAUAAUUGUUAACAUAGGUAGAUACAUCAAUUUUUUCUAAUGUAGUUUUAUUAUUGUUUGCCCCAGGAAAGAUGUAUUUUAUAACGAAAAAGAAUAUUAACAGUGAAGUGUUAUUUACUUCAAGUAUACUCAUUUUUGAACGGUUAUUCGAUGUGGAAUAAUCAGAACGUUACGUUGAAAAUAAACAAUGAUGCGGUUGUGUUUUGUUAUUUGUUCAUUAAUUUUAUUACAGUGUGUUUGUGCACAAUUUAUUAAAAUUCAACCUCCCCAAGAAAACGUAAAUAAGAAGUCGAAUAAUAACGCUAGAACUAUUCCUUUAGAAGAAAAGCACAUUAUUCUUUUGAAGGAUGACACUGAAUUGGAAAAACAUACAGCAACACAAGUUAAAAGCGAUCCACACAAAGUAAAUGCAGCUGUGAAUAAUACUGCAGAACCUGCACAUCAACAAAAAAAACAAAGUGAUGUGCAACCGCAAAAUGAUACAGAUGAAAGUAGUAUACCUAAUGUAGGGGUAUCACACUUCCAAAAAGAUAGUAUGCAAUACGGACCUCUUUUGAGAGGAUUUUAUGUUUUUGUUAGUUUAAGUGCCCUAGUCCUCAUUUACUUUGUUUUUCGCUCAUACAGGAUUAGACGAAAUAGACAAUCAUCUGUAAAAGUAAAAAAAUAUGGAGUUGUAACUAGGCGGAAUGACAUUGAAAUGCGACGUUUAGAACUUGAAGAAGAGGAUGAUGAAAAUCUCUUUGACAUAGAACAACACAGAACAAAUAAGUAACAAAAAAUUGCCUUUUGUAACAUAUUUAUAUUGUUAUUAUAUUCAUAUAAUGUUAACAAAUAUUUCUUGUUAAUAAAAGUACUUAAGUUUUUAAAA